AUGUGUCGACACUCAGCCGUCGUCCAUACUUGCGAUUGUGAACCAAAAUCCACAUUCCGCAAGUGUGCCGAUCAACUCAAAGCCGAAUCCAAGAGCAAGAAAAAGGACUUCAAACCCCUUGAAUGCCCAAACUACUUCCGAGAACCUAGCGUCCGAGUAGAUGCAAAGUGCUGCAAUUGUCUGGCAUUCGAGUUAGUCAUCGAACAAUCUUUCGCACCCAAACAACCUUUGGCUUAUCACAGGCGCCGCAUCUCCUUGGACAAGAAUGGUAGGGAAAAGAUCCGUCCAAACAGUUCGGCCGCUCAAUCACCCCGCGCAGCCACAUUCCAACCCCAACCCCAAUCACAUCAAACUCCACCUCCACCUUCACCACCGGCCCGAGCAAGCACAGCCAAGGUCGUCGGCCGGAAGAUCGGAGAAAAGGUGAAGAAUUUGAUGAAGAAGUUUGAAAAAUGA